CUGGGGCCUGCCCUCCCCCACUCCCGGCCAUGAUGAUUCUGCAAUUAAUCAUGUUUGCUCUGGUGACAGGGCAUGUAGCGGGAGAGACCAGGAUCCACAAAGGAUAUGAGUGCUCUCCUCAUUCCCAGCCGCCCUGGCAGGCGGCGUUGUUCCAGAAGACACGGCUGCUCUGCGGGGCAACCCUCAUCGCCGUCAAAUGGCUGCUGACAGCAGCCCGCUGCCACAAGCCAUGGGUCUGAUACGUUGUAGCUCAUCUGGGAGAACACAGCCUCCAGUGACGGGAUGGCUGUGAGCGCACCCGAGCAGCCACUGAGUCCUUCCCCCACCCGGACCUCAACAGCAGCCUGCCCAACAAAGCCCACUGCAAUGACAUCAUGCUGCUGAAAACGGCAGCCCCAGCCUUCAUCACCCGGGCUGUGCGACACAGCGUGUCGUCACACUGUGUCACUGCUGGCACCCGCUGCCUCAUUUCCGACUGGGGCACCACGUCCAGCCCCCAGUUGCACCUGCCCCACACCUGGCGAUGUGCCAACAUCACCGUCCUCGAGCUCAAGGAGUGUGAGGACGCCUACCCUGGGAACAUCACAGACACCAUGGGAUGUGCCAGCGAUCGAGAAGAGGGCAAGGACUCCCGCCAGGGUGAUUCGGGGGGCCCACUGGUCUGUAAUGGGUCUCUUCAAGGCAUCAUCUCCUGGGGCCAGGAUCCGUGUGCUGUCAGCAGAAAGCCCAGGGUUUACACAAAGGUCUGCAAAUAUGUGGACCGGAUCCAGAAGACUAUAGAGAACAAUUAGCCGGGAUCAGCUCAUCACGGCCCAAUCCCCUGAUCCCUGCUUGGUGCUGUGGUACCUGUUCAUUCUGUUAAUAAUGAAGCCUGAGCCAGCACCCCUUUAUGUACUUUUCUGGGGGCCUUCUUGACUAUGAGAGAUGCUGUACCUUAAUAAUCAAUUUGGAGUUUGGAGUUAGGAGACCUGGGUUCUACUCCUGCCUCAUACUAACUUGUGACUCUGGGAGUGAAAAUAGUUGUUUGGUUCACUCUUGUACCUCCAGUCUCAAACACAAUUCCUGGCACACACCAAGGUUUCAAUAAAUAUUUACUAAACAAAUGAAUCUUUUGAAUGCUUACUACGUGCCAGACCCUGGUCCAAGGGCUUUUAAAUGUAUCGACUGACGUAAUCUUCACAAAACACUACAAGGUUGGUACUAUUAUUAUUAUACCCAUUUUGCAGCUGAGGAAACUCAGGCGCAGAGAAACGAAGUCAUCCGUUCACGAUCACGCAGCCAGUAAGUAGAAGAGCAAGGAGUCUGAAGCAAGGUGAUUUCUUAACUGACAAGCAAUACUGUCUUGAUUAAGGCUCCUUUCCUCGGGACUUCCCUGGUGGCACAGUGGUUAAGAAUCUGCCUGCCAAUGCAGGGGGCACGGGUUCGAGCCCGGGUUCGAGCCCUGGUCCGAGAAAAUCCCACAUGCUGUGGAGCAACUAAGCCCGUGCGACACAACUAGUGAAGCCGGCAUGCCACAACUACUGAAACGGGGGCGCCUAGAGAGAGAAGCCACCGCAACGAGAAGCCCGCACACCACUGCGAAGAGUAGACCCUGCUUGCCGCAACUGGAAAAAGCCCGCGCGCGGUAAUGAAGACCCAACGCAGCUAAAAAUAAUCAUCUGUCUCCGACACUAUCCCCGCGACCCCCACGGCCCCUGGGGAUGUGGCACCCUCCUUCCCCAUCUGCGAAGACUUCUUGGAACAGGGACCUGGGGAAUCCCCACGAAAUCCAUCUCUAAAAAGGGUGUUUCG